AGGCUCCGCGCUGGUCCUCGCAUGGCCCUAGGGAGCAGCGGGUGCCCUCUGAGGGCACGCUCACCUCCCACCCCUCCAAGCACCAGCAGCUUCUGCCCUGCCCAGGCCCCCGCUUCAGGGGCCAGGAAAGAAACUUGGCUCCAUCGGCUGUUGGGUGUUGUGCUCCACCCAAAACUAUCUCACGCAUGACUUUUCGGGAGCUGCUCAAGGGGAAAAGGCAAGGUUUUCUACCCCCUGGGCAAAAGAGCUGAGGCCUUUUGGCCAGCUUUCUAGCUUGGCAUGGACCAGUCUGGGGCUGCCCAGCAUGUUCAGCGUGCUCCUGCGUCUCACAUGGCUGCGUUAAGCUGUGCGGUGCUGGAGCCAUGGGAUCUCCCACCCUUCUGGAGGGAGGGUCACAUUUCAUCUUUUCUCCAUCUUUUCCCUUAGCAGCCCAGUGCCUUCUACGCCUUGCUUGUGUGCUGGUCUUGGCUGCCCCAGGCCACUGCACCCAUAUGCAAACCCUAAACAUCUCCAAGAAAUCGCCCUCCAGCGCUUCAGCGAGUGCUCUGAAGAAAACCAGUUGGCCCAAGGACUGCAGCGAGAUCCCCAUUGGCAGCCCCAGCGGCAUCUACGCCAUCCAGCCCACGGGACUGCAUCCCAUUGUGGUGUACUGUGAAAUGAAUGUGACGGACGGGGGCUGGACGGUCAUCCAGAGGAACCGGCAGGGCACGGAGAUCACCUGGGCCGAGUCCUGGAGCACCUACAAAUACGGCUUUGGGAAUGUGCACACCGACUACUGGCUGGGCACCGAGUACAUUCAUCAGAUCACCAACCAGAAGGUCUACCAGGUCAGGUUUGUCAUCUGGGAUGCCACAAACAACACCAAGUUCGCAGACUACAACCUCUUCAGCCUGGAAGAUGAGUCCCACGGCUACCGGCUGCGGCUAGGAACGUACACAGGGACAGCGGAGGAUGCCAUGGACUCAGACAAUCCCAGGAAGGUGCACAACAACAUGAAGUUCUCCACAAAAGAUCAGGAUCAUGACACUUACAGUGGGAACUGCGCCUCCCGCUCUGGGGGCGGGUGGUGGUACUCGGCAUGUUACUCCGUACGGCUGAAUGUCAAGGGGGGCAUAGCGUGGGGCAGCCUGUGCAAUGGGAACUGCAAAGCUUCUGCCAUCCUCAUCAAACCGGCUCUGUACCGUUAGUGCUCCUCCCCCUCCUGUGCACUGAGCAUGUGGCCAGGCCAGUGCCCUACUGGGGCCCAUUGUGCUGGCUGGGGCGUUGGGGGGGAAUCAGGUUGUUCCUGUAUACCAAGAGCUGUUUUGUCUCUGGCCUUUUGCUUGCGGUGGAUAUUUAGGGAUCAUUAUUAGAACAAGUCU